AAAGUGAACCAAGCUCCAUGACAGAAGGAGCAGCUGCAGGGUAGGCCAGAGUAAAUAUGUUAAAAAUAAGUGAAGAAAAACAAAAGUUCCUACCUAUUUGUGUUUUAUCCUGAUGGAAACUGGAUAAAGACCCAGGUGUAUUUGACUGACAGAAGCAAACCAAAUAAACACAUUUUCUCUUUAUUUAUUAAUGCAAAAACAGUAAUGCUAUUUGUCUUAUACUCUUAAACUGUUUCACCAUUAACUUAACAAUAUACUUUUAUUAACUGGAGGAUUUACUCCAGGAAACGGAGCUGGGUGCAGUCCUUUCUCCACACCACAGGGUGGCGGUAAUGCACUGUUCCGUUGUUUGACAACCUAAAUAAAAUACCACGAAGAAGAAGAACUGUAAACAGAAAUGUGCCAUGGAGAGUCUGCGUGUGCUCGAGCUGUACAGUGGGAUAGGAGGGAUGCAUUAUGCUCUCAAAGAGAGCGGCAUACAUGCUGAGGUCGUGGCUGCCAUCGACAUAAACACCACAGCCAAUGAGAUCUACACACACAAUUACCCUGACACCCCCCUCUGGAACAAGACCAUUGAGGGAAUAACACUUGAGGACUUCAAUAAAUUAUCUUUUGACAUGAUUUUGAUGAGCCCUCCUUGCCAGCCUUUCACCAGGAUAGGACUUCAGGGUGACAUUGCUGACCCCAGAACCAAGAGCUUCCUGUACAUUCUAGAUCUUCUGCCAAGGUUGUGCAGGCUGCCUCGCUAUAUCCUGCUGGAGAAUGUAAAAGGCUUCGAGACCUCCUCGGCCAGGGAUCGUUUGGUGAAAACACUCAUUGAAUGUGGAUACACUUUCCAGGAGGUCAUGGUCUCCCCCACAAGUGUUGGAAUCCCAAAUUCAAGACUGCGUUAUUUCUUGAUCGCCAGGAUUUCCACAGAAAACCUCAGCAUCCAGAGUUCAAAGAUUUUAGAUGCCUUCCCUUAUCCCGCUGAGCAGCCCACAGUCUUGAGUCCUGGCACAGAUACUUGCCAGCCUGAAGAGGAAGUGCAGGAGGGUCGUGUCCUGUACAAACUGGAGACGACAACAGAUGCCCAGAGGAAGAUGAGCCAGAACAAUGAUAUGUCUCUCAGGCUGAUCCAAGACUUCCUGGAACCACAGAUAGACAUGGAGCAGUAUCUCCUUUCUCCUAAAACCCUGCUGAGAUACGCUCUGCUCUUAGACAUAGUUCGGCCCACAUGUAGGAGGUCUGUCUGCUUUACCAAAGGCUAUGGGCGGUAUGUGGAGGGUACUGGCUCAGUACUGCAGGGCAGCGUGGAAACAGGGAUGGAGAGUGUGUUUACAGGUCUGGAUCAGUGCUCUGAAGAUGAGAAACUCCAACGGCUGUUAAAACUCAAACUUCGUUAUUUCACCCCCAGAGAAGUUGCCAACCUCAUGGGCUUCCCUCAAAGCUUCACCUUUCCGAAGAAGACCACUACCAAGCAGCAGUACAGAGUCCUAGGAAACAGCCUGAAUGUCGUGGUGGUGACGAGACUCCUGCAGGUGCUGGUUUCCUAGCACUAGAAACAUUUUGAAGGAGAAGACUAUCCUGUCUUUGCAAUGUUUCAAAAUGUAUGGUUUACCCCUGGUGGGGAUGAUGUUAACUGGUAAAAUAGUAGGUGAACAGUUUCAUGUUUCUUACAUUUCACUUCAAACAGUACAUUUCUCUUUUGCUGGACAUACAUGCUUGUUUUUUAAUGCACAAAUAUAGCUUAUUUUAUAAAAUUGAAAUAAAAACCUAACCUGUGAA